AUUUUUAAACCAGUAAAGGGGUUGACACUGAAACAGUAACAUCCUCUCAUGCUGAAGAGGAAAACAGACUAGCAGUGCUGCUGGACUGACAGGCACAGAGGACAGGAGGAAGAAGGAGGGGUUUCGGAGGAAUGGGUGGACCAUAGUGUUACAUUAUGCCCAUUGAUUGGAUGAAACAGGAUCCCAUGUGACCUUAGGAAUGCUAAUGCUUGGAUUCUCCUCACCAACCCCCUCCUGCUGCUGUCUCUGGUUUGUGCCGAGUGUACAGCAAGAGCACAGCCCAGAAAUGGUGUAGGAGAGCAGGAGAGGAGGAAGAAAUCAAACCGAGGGAGGGACAGACCAGGCCUAAGACUUAAGCUAAAGCUUGCACAGACUGUGCCAGCGGGGCAGUCGUGGGUCAAAGCUGAGGCGUCAGGGUGGCACCAUGGAGGGCGAGCAGGGUCCUCCUGCUUCUAGUGCUAGCAUGGCAAGCACCGCCAGCUCCUCCACUAACACUACAACUUCUACAGCCAGCACCAGCAGUACUCCUAACACCACCAACACAUCCGCUGUCCCCAGCAGCAGCAGUGCCAGCUCAAGCAGCAGCACUAGCAGCGGCAGGCAAACUGUUUCCCAGAUAUCGGUAUACAGUGGGAUACCCGACCGACAAACUGUACAGGUGAUUCAGCAGGCCUUGCACAGGCAGCCAAGCACAGCAGCACAGUACCUGCAACAGAUGUAUGCAGCUCAGCAGCAGCAUCUAAUGCUUCAGACAGCAGCACUGCAGCAGCAGCACCUCAGCACAGCUCAGCUCCAGAGUCUGGCAGCCGUGCAGCAGGCCAGUAUAGCUGCUGGUAGGCAGAGCUCUACGCAGAAUGGCACCUCAUCCACCCAGAGUGGAUCCUCACAAACUACAAUUAAUUUAACAACGUCUCCUGCCACGGCUCAGUUAAUAAGCCGUGCCCAGAGUGUAAGCUCCUCCCCUUCCGCAAUCUCUCAGCAGGCAGUGUUGCUAGGGAACGCCUCAAGCCCUACCCUCACAGCCACCCAGGCGCAGAUGUACCUGCGUGCCCAGAUGGCUCAGCAAAGUAACCUGGUGCAUGUAGCUAGGAGUCUUGGUCGAGCUGUUCCUCUCUCCCCCCAGCUUAUCCUCGCUCCCACAGCUACUGUGACCGCUCUCCAGUCUGACACCAGUGCAACCAGUAACGCUCAGUCUGCGACUGCACAGGUCCAGAAUCUUGCCCUUCGCAGUCAUCAGGGGGCGACAACCUCCUCUCAGUCCACCGGUCUGCAGGCUCUGAGCCUUAAGCAGACUCCUGUCUCCAUCCAGCCCACUCCACUCAUCAAGACCCCUAGCCAGAGUGCCUCCAACUCAGGGACCAUCACAGGGAAGGGUGGACUCCCUGUGGUCACCACAGAUGGAGGGAAGAAAGCAGAGAGCGGAGAGACUGAGGCCAAGGCAGUGAAUAUGAGCCGCAGUGUGACAUCUUCUCAGCCCCUUAUCGCACCAACAUACGCCCAGAUUCAGCCCCAAGCCCUGAUCAAGCAGCAACCACAACAGUUUGUCAUUCAACACCAAGCUCCACCCACACCUCGAAUGCAGACCCAAUUACUGCAGACUGCCUCAAUCCAGCCCCACCCACAGACUGCCUCGCUUGGCCUCCAGAGCUCCUCAGCUGGAGGACCUGUCCCCGUCCUGCCUAAACCACCAGCCCUCAGCCAGGGAUCAUCCCCGAGCCAACAAGCUACCAUCUUCCAUUCCACAGUGAGCCAACACUCCGGCCUGAGCCAGUCUAGAGCUCAGCCUGUCCAGCUUACCGCCAUCAACCUGCAGAUCCAGCCUGCACAUAGCCAGGCUUCCAGACUUGCUCAGGACAGUAAGGAUAAGCCCACAUCUCUGGUAAUAAGAGAGAUUUGCCAGCCUCUUGGUGCUCAGAUACCCACAUCUGCCCCAUCACAGGACACCAAUCCUCCAGAGCCACCUAAAGCUGACACUGGGACUGCCACAGGCCAAACUCAAGGUGCAGUGGAGACCCCAAGCACUGCCGCAAUGACCCCCCGAGGAGAAAGUGAGCUGGCUAACGGUGAAAACAAACCGCCUCAGGCCAUCGUGAAGCCCCACGUGCUCACACAUGUGAUCGAAGGCUUUGUCAUCCAGGAGGGAGCUGAACCAUUUCCAAAGAACCACUCACUGGAUGUGUUUUGUGCACCCUUCAUACCUUUCUGUAUGUGUUUGCAGGUGGAGAGGCCUCCAGUUCAGACAGACAGCCUGAAGAAAGCAGAGAAGCCACUGCCUUCAGACUCACAGAAAACUCCACUGAACAACGCUCCCACCACCACUGACUCUGAGCCUGAGGAACCCUCACAACAAGAUUCAGCAGUGAGAGAUGAGGAGGAGCCAGAAGAGCCCAAGUUGACGUGCGAGUUGUGUGGCUGGGUCGAUUUUGCCUAUAAGUUUAAAGGCUCCAAGCGAUUCUGCUCUGUGGUCUGUGCUAAAAGGUACAAUGUUGGGUGCACAAAACGCAUUGGUCUCUUCCACCCUGACCGUUCCAAAACCGCCAAUCGGUGGAGACGACGGUCACACAGUCGAGGUUGCAGAAGUACAGAGACAAAGAAACAGAGGCUCUCCGUGUGCCAGCAGUCUCAGGGCGAGUCCGUGUCCUCUCCGCUCCCCUCUCAACCCAGUCAAGGCGAGUCCAGUCCCUGCUCAGACAUCUCCAGUUAUGAGGAGCCAGCAUCUCCUCUAUCUGCUGCCAGCUCCAGCCCUGUGGGGCCACCCCGAGGGCCCUCCACCUCCGAUCCGGAAGAUGUUCCUACACUCAGUGAGCACUUCCUGCCGUGUGACCCUACCAAGUGGAAUGUGCAGGAGGUGUUUGAGUUCAUCCGCUCUCUGCCAGGUUGUCAGGAAAUUGCGGAUGAAUUCCGUUCUCAAGAGAUUGAUGGACAGGCCAUGCUGCUACUGAAGGAGGACCACUUAAUGAGCGCUAUGAACAUCAAACUAGGUCCAGCGCUCAAGAUCUUCGCCCGCAUUAACAUGCUCAAAGACUCCUAGCCUCAGAAGGCAGAGUGAGAGAGUGUGUGUGGGUGUGCAAAAGUUUUAUGCAUUUCUCAAUGGUCAUCUAAAGGUGACCUCACAAAUACAAAUGCACUAUAAUGUUUUUUUUAAAAAGAACUGUACCUCCAGAAGGUCAAUAAAUGGAAGGAAACAAAGACAAAGUAUCUAUGAAGAAUGGCACAAAUACUAAUGUCCGCUCACAAAGUACACAGUACCUUUGAGAAUGCUGAAGAGCAGUACAUCUGCACAUGAUGUUUAAAGACACUCUUGAUACAGGGCUAACAGAUGGCACAAGGUCUAAACGUUCACAUCCAACAUACGUCCAUAUGUGAACAGAGCAGCCUGGAUUGUACUCCCAUUACAAGAACAUUUCAGCAUUUUAUACCUUGUCCUAUUUACAACUGUAUAAUAUUGUCAAUUUCAGAAGUUAUUUUAUCUUUUUGUACAUGCCUGAUCCUUUUAUAUAAUUAUGUUCAAGUAAAUUAUUCAUGUGUGUACGUGUGUGAACGUGUUUCUAAGUUAAGCCACAGGAAAUUGGUGCUAAACAAUAUGGGAAUAACCCAGUCACUAAUUAGUCACUACAUAGUGUUGUUUAGAUUUUGAAUCCAGAUGAAUGAAAAUUUGUACUUUUACACUGGAAAGCCAUUGUGAGUAUUCCUUUCCAGACAUGCCUUUUUAUUGGGUUAAUCCUUCAUUAGGAAUUCUUUUUCAUCAACCCAAAGGACAGCCCAAGCACUCUUCCUCAGCGAGACCUUUUUUGAGACUUUAGAAUGAAAAAUGUUCUUUAACAUGUUGCGGGAUUUCAGUGUGUGUUGCUAGACAGAAUUGUAAUAACGUCUUGUGUCUUUGUUGGGCAUGCCUUGUGAAAUGCCUGUAUUUAUCAAAUGGAUUUAAAUUGGUAAUAUAAUUUUCAUUUUUAAAUGAAAAAAAAAAGUUGUUUUGCAUAACAUUUUUUGCUGAGUGUUUCUGGACACCUUGCUAGUGUCACCUACUUUCUAGAAAAUAUGUGUGGCUGCCACAAACAGGUA